UUACGACCAGUUGGGGGUCGCAGCAUUAAAAAGGUUGAGAACCACUGCUUUAACUGAUUAGAAAAAUUUAAAAGCUUGAUGUCUGAGGGAUGGUAAUGUUGCUUUAAUCAUUGUAUUAUAUACCCCCUGGUAUAUAUUUUAGUGGGAAGAUUAUAGGAAAGUAAACUGUUUCAACUCUAGUGGGAAAAUCAUAAUCCCUGUGCUAGGCAAUCUUUUUUUUCCAGAAAUGUUAAAAUCAGCAAAGAUGCUUAUGGAAUUCAGGUAUCUUGCUAAUGAUUUGAGGUUUCAAAUUACAACAUGAACAGCAUACUUGUGUUUUCUAAUGCAAAGCAAAGGUAGAUUUGGGCAGGUGGGAAAAAUCCCACUUCAUCCCCUUUGAACACUUCUAGCCUAUAUAGAAUCACAACUGGUUAAUACCAUGAUGGAAGAAACAAAGCUGGCUAUGCCCUGAGGCCACACCUGGCUUUGAAUGGCCUGCUAAGGUCCAUAACCCAAAAGGAAUAGAUAGGGCCAUGCUUGAAUGUAAUGUUUAAAAUUAAUUAAAAUGAAACAGUUAAUAUUACUUUCAAUAACACAUUUAAUAAUUUCCCCCCUCAAGGCCACAUUUUGGUAACAACUUUGGAAAUUGGAGGAGGUCAUUCCAAAUCUUUUGGGCGUCCCAUGAGACCCUGGAGCCUCUAUGUUUGCAUCUCAUUUUUAUUGAAAGAGCUAUGACUAUGUGGUUUAUCUUGUUGCUACCAAGUCUUAGUGGAGUCAUGGUGAACUUUUUGUCCUCAGCGUGUCACAAAUUUGAAAAAUGACUAACUUGAUUCUGUUGGCGUAUGCCUCAGGAUCUGUUGUGUGAUGCUUACCUUCAGACAGUGUUCUGUUGACAGCCAGAAGGCCUGUGGCCUACCUGAGACUGCUUCAGUCACACAAGGCCUUUGUUUUUGAGACAGUUUAAGAGAAUGCUCUUUUGCGGCCUUCGAAAACCAUGCAGUAUUAAUGGGCAAAAUUGCCCAGAAUUACCUUAUGGGGGAGAUGGGCAGCAUAUAAAUUUAAUAAAUAUUUUUAAUUUAAUAAAUAAAAUUAUGCCCUACUUUUUAGCAAGUGGAAUUCAUUUUUUAAUUGCCUUAGUGUACCUUCCACCAGUUCUUCUUGCUAUGUGACCAGCCCAUUUCCAUUGCCACUUGAUGAAAAGCAUCCACAAUUGAUACCUAAAACAAGAUGGAUCGAUGACAUCAGCAAGUAUUAUGGGCCCAAUUGGCAAAAGAAAGCUCAAGAUCGUGCUGGUUGGAAACAUGUGGAACAAACCUUCAUCCUGCAGAGGAUAGACAAUGGCUAAGAUGAUAGCAAUAGAAAUAGCACCCAGACUUAUAUACCGCUUCACAGUGCUUUACAGCCCUCCCUAAGUGGUUUACAGAGUCAGCAUAUGGCCCCCAACAAUCUGGGUCCUCAUUUUACCGACCUCAGAAGGAUGGAAGGUUGAGCCAACUUUGAGUCGGUGAGACUCGAAUUGCCAACCUGCUGGCAGCUGGGAGUCAGCAGAAGUAGCCUGCAGUACUGUAUUCUAACCACUGCACCACCAGGACUCUUGAUGAUGAUGAUGCAACACUUUUGUGUGAUUUUUGAAGACUCCAGAAGCUGUGCAAGGACAUUCUUGCGUGGCAUCCUCAGCCUCUGAAAAUCACACAGGAACUGGGCGUGCUUUUGAGAAUAGUUGUUGUUGAGUGUUGGCGAAUGCUGGCAUGUCAGCCAAAACAUCAUGGUGUGUCUCCUUUGAUGUGUGACAUAGAUUCACCAUCACUGUCUUAGUACAUAGCUUUCAUUCUUUCAGUCACUCCAGCUGCAGAAACACAAGGCUUCAACGUCUCGUAAUCCUGUUGGGCUGAAAUUCUAAAAAUAAUAUAAUAAUCAAUAGUCAUCUGCUACCCAGAUGGUUUCUGAAACUUUAUGUAGGAUGUACUCACAAAGACUAUCCAGCUUCUUUCAUGUGUGGCAAUAACCCGGCUGAUGUUAGAAGAUGGUGGGGAGAGCUGUGUUAUGUGACUAAGUUUCCUUGAGGGACACGGCUGUGGAUUUGGAGAGCAGAAGUAACUUUCCAGUGAAAUAUGUGUGCUGGAUGCUGCAAAACGGAGGCAUUUGACAGAUCCACCCUCCCAUGGUAUGUAAGGAUUGGUCUUCUGUUAAACUGCUGGAAAGCAAAUGUUAGAAGUAAUGGUUUAAACACAGCAAUGCAAGCUGUUGCCUGUCUUGAAGGGAAGCAUCUUGGCUUUUGAAAAAGGGCUUGUUAUGACUCUGUUUUAAAUAUUCAAUACGAACUCUUAGUUUCUAAAGCAUGCACUUUGCUCUAAGAGCAAAAAAACUAGUAUCCUUUCCAUGGGGAAAAAAAAAAGUCAGAAACUUAAAAUGAAAUGCCAGAAAUAAAAUAAGGAACAGCCUGGUGCUCCAAGUGGGAAAUAAAUGGGACUUGUGUUGGCAGAGAGUUCUGAGCAUUUGCCCUGUGAUGGAAACUACCUUUUAGGAACAGAAGUCAACUGCAAACUCUUCCCAGCACUGGAACAGAAGCGAAGAAACUAUUCCAGCAGUGGCCUCUGGGAUUGAAAAGAGGGGAAAGAAUUUGCAGUAAACAGAAUUAUCUUCACCCAAUUUGUAUGGCCGCAGAAAGGACAAGGAUUCUUUUCGACAUGGCUCAAAGUCUCCAGCUACAUUUCAGACCUUCUGUCUGGGCAGUUCUGCUUCUCUUUGUGAUUGCUGGAUCCCAGAGCCAGACAGAUGAGCAAUUUCACCUUAAGAACCUGACAGAUAAAGAUACUGAAGAGAAUGCUGAGAUCAUAUUACAGUUACUUUGGGGAGGAAUUGAAAUUACGGCAAACGAGACCCUCAAGAUAGAAGAUGAAGAACUGGCAUCUCUGCGUCCUGCAAAGCGCCUACUCUGGCUCUUUCAACAUAAAGUUCCCAAAAAUCCAUCAGGAAUUGAAGAAUACCUGGAUCACUUCUCUCAGUCUGACACCCCUAUCACUCCGGAGGAAUUUGAGCAGCUUGUUUUCACUACCAUCUUUACUGCUUACCAGAUUCGGAUUGUCCAAGGCCUGGAUAAAAAUCUGUGGAUCAACCUUUUCUCUCAGCUGGUCAGUGAAAUUCUUCGGGAGCUCUGCAAACAAUUCUGUCCUCAGGAACUGACUGAUUCUGUUCAACAUUUAGCCUCCAGGCCUUGGCAAGAAAUGCCUGUCUACGUUAGUGCAUUGAAGAAAUUCUAUCAGCCCAGCUUCGUUAUGACUCAAGGAAACUGAUUUUCAUGCACAAAGGGCCCAACUUCUUUCAUCCCAUAAUCUGCACACUAAAAUGCAGAAAUACAUUUGAAGUUGUUUGAUCUCUGUAGCAUUAUCCUAAGACUCUGCAUGGACCAAAGUAGCAAUCUUCCUGCUUUGUUUUCCCAAGUUCAGUCCUUUGUUCUUGAAUGUAUCUAAUUUAGGAGAGCCUUUCCCAAUGACCUUGAAAUAUACUAUAAUUUACAACUCCCAGUCAUAACUAGUCUGAUAAAGAAUUUUGGGACUUAUAGCCCUUACACAUAUGGAGAAUGCCAAGUUAGAGAAGGCUGAUCCAGGAGCUUGAACACAGCUCUCCCUCUUUUUCUAGGCCUAGGGUGUCCCAUUCAGAGAUUACUUUUAUGCUACUUUUUUAUUUUUUUUGCUGGGGAGGCCUUUGCUGUUGGCUGGGAUUGUGUUUCAAUGAAAACAGGACUAUAUGUCCCUCCAUGCUAACUGCUGUUAGAAAACACAACUUAUCUUCUUGUGUAGCAUAAAUGUUAAGAAAGCAGAUGCAUGUUAAAAGGAAGAUCUUGUCAUGAAAAGAGUAAUGAUCUGUUUAGCAGGAUCAUUUUGAGAAACAGUGCUCAAGCAACAACAUUUCUUUCAUUUUCUUUGUUACAUUGUUGCAAUGGCCGGAAAACUUUACAAUUACAAUUACAAAAACAGGAUCUGCAUAAAAAGGGAAGAGAGAACAUCCACAACAUUUGAAAGAAAGAGUUGGGAUGGUGUUGUUGUUUCACCAGGCAAUUUAAAAUGCUAAAUAUCCUAUUUGUUCAUGAUUAAUAACAAGUUUUUACAUAUAUAGUAAAUGAGGUGAGGACAUUCCAUAUGUUUGCCCUGGAAACUGGACGCUCUGAAGGCUAUGUGAUAUUUUAAAAUACAAAUUUACAAGGUCAUGACUGUACGAUCAUAACUAAGAAAUAUUUUAUAUUGCCAUCUUAACUUGAUUGCUCAUUAGUGAAAUAGAUAAUUUAAUACCCAAAACUGGUUGGUUAUGCCUGGAGUCUCCAGUUCUACCCUUUCCCCCCAAACAAUUUCUUUGUGGGCAAAAUAAAAUAUAGAAAUGCUCUAGCAACUAAAUCCUUAAACAACUUAUCUUUUAGCUUUUGUUUUAAUAUAGCCACCAAGGAAAGUACCAUAGAAGAACUCAACAAACUUAUCUUUUUAUUUGUUACACUUCGGCCACUGUAAACCAUCAUAUAAAAUGUGUAUAUAAUUUCUUUUUGAGGCAUAUAAUUCUCUGUUGGGCUGCUUUUGUAAUAAUCCAACAUGCCAACACACAAGUGAGUAUUUUAACUGAUAGAUCAAUCCGUUAAAAAUAUCCAUAGUUGAUUUAUCAGAUGGAAUCAGUUUUAAUCACUGAUCUAGUUAAGAGAUAUUUCUUGGAUUUUUUUAAAAAAAAUGUUUUUGGUCUGUUGUAUUUCUGCAUUAGAUGGAGAAGACUUAAAGAAGCCUAUAAGAUAGUAUUUCCUUUUAAUACUAAAUGAUGAAUAGCUUCAUUGAUAAAAUUCGAUUCCCUGCGAUAGUUUUGUCAAGGAUUUGACAGUAGGCAAUUUUUUUUAAAAUAUCCAGUACUUUUUAAUUUAUCAAACAUCAAAUGAUUUUUCAAUUAUUGGAGAUACACUACAAACAUACCGCACAUUGAAAGCUUGGGAUUCUUUUUCAUGAAUGGAAAGGUUUGAAUAUCGUGACAUCAAAUGUACAAAUACACACAGUCCUUUUAGUUUCAGGCUUUAUUUGGUGUUCCAUUAUAUCUGUCCCUCUCUUGUGAUGCUUGCCAACAGUUGAACAGAAUGCAAUCAAUUCUCAAACGUUCCACAGAGGGAGCCUUUUACCGUAUAACCCUUUUCAGCAUUUUUAAAAAUUUCCUUAUUUGCAUAUCUCA